AGAGUUAAGUAUUAAAGGCUGAGCCCACAAUGCGCGAGUAGCGCGAGGAUUUGCUCUGGUGACCAUCGGGUUCACCGCUCACCUUUACGACAUAACUGUAAGAUCACCAAGAAGUACGCCAGCGCGAAUCCGCGAGUGUGAGUGUGAGGUUUCUUCGCCUUCCGUUAUUAACAUCUUCAUUCUUCUUCAGUACAAAGAAUGCACAGGUUGUGAACGAAAGUGUCGCAUCAUUCGCUGUAAAUAUUACAAUUUUAAGUUACCAUUAAUAGCAGUAAAAUGAAAACUUCCCUGAUAAUAUUUUUAUGUUGCAUGAUAGUGUCUGUACUAUCAGCAAAGGAUAUGAUGCGGAAAAGCAUCGUUUUUGACAAAAAUACACCAGAUGUGUUCUAUUGUCCUAUUCACAAACCCACAGGUUUUGACAAAAUGAUCGUUAAGGCAAAACCGUUGAAAAAAUUGUGCGAAUUUGAAGGAAAACCUCUACCAGAAGAUUACAAGAGUGACUGUUACCAAGAUGUUGAUGAAUCAGAUUAUGCGUGUAAAGAAAAAUACAGGAUAAUGAUGAGGAUGCACCCUCCAGGUUCAGACGAAGCAUUUGACGGCAAAAGAAUGUCCCGUUUUAUGAACGUCGACAAAGAGUACUACAUCAUGAAAAUGGAUAACAAAUACAGAAACAAGGAAUGGACAACAAAUGCAGAAGCAAGGAAAGCUAGAGAGUCGAGGAACAGAGUUAAGACACGUCUAAGGAAGAGGCUCACUACGAAAUAUUAAAGCCACUAGUAAUUCAGCGCAAAAGAAAGUACCUAACAUGCGAAAUUAAUUCGAAUUGUUAUAAAUUUGUAAUUUUUAUUUAAUUGUCUAAAUAAUUAAUUAUAUUGUUGCGAUAGCCUUUUUCUACGCCAAUGGUGUUGCAAACGAACAGAGACUUAAACAGAGUUGGUACAGGUCGACAGAAAUAUCCGAAUCCGUCAAGGUCAGACCGAUCGAAAACUUUGGUUAGGUACGCGACGUUAUCAGACCAAUCAGGUUUCAAAGGUUUUUCGGUUUUUUUUUAUUUGUUACAUGUUUCACACUAAAAUUGAUUGAAAUAUUAGACGUAAUAAGGUCACAGUGUAUAUCCAUUGGUGAAAUUCCUGUUCCAAAAACGUUUAUUAAAUGUAGAAAGAUAAAUUGCUUGCAAAUUUCUACAUAAUUGAUUGGAGUAUGCGAUAUAUAAUCGGAAUAUGGAACAAAUUGAUGUGUUGUCAAAAUGAAAGCGUAGAAAAAGAAUACCGUAUCAUUAUUAACAAUUUAUUUAUGUUAAAUAUCGAAAAACUUGUUUCGUAAAUUCAAAUUACUAAUGUGUUCAAUCUUACCAAUAACUAAUAGCACUGAAAAUUUGUUACUAAAUUUUAAGACUGAAAAUGUUCAUUAUGCAGCAAAAAUCAAACACUUUGUUUAAAUUAUUUCUGAUUAUAGUAUUUAUCUAAAUAAAAUUAUUAAUAUUAAA